GACACUACAGUCGUGUACUUCCUGAUGCUACAUGAUUAAACAUUUAGCUCUCUUGCUGGGCUGGAUGGAAAAUAUGCUGUAAUGUGUCGUAUUUAGUUUUAUAUCGACUGGAUUCCGUAAAAUCGAAGAUUACCAAGGCACCUCUGGUUUGUCGAGUAAAUCCAACCAUGGAGUCUAUGCUCAACAAGCUGAAGAGUACAGUCACCAAAGUGACUGCGGAUGUCACUAGUGCUGUUAUGGGUAAUCCUGUCACAAGGGAGUUUGAAGUGGGCCAACACAUCGCCAGUGGAGGACCAGGGUUGUGCUGGAAGAUCUAUAAUGGCAUUAAGAAAUCUACAAAACAGGAGGUUGCUGUGUUUGUUUUUGAGAAGAAGAUUGUGGACAAAUAUCAGAAAUUCGAGAAGGACCAGAUAAUCGAUUCUCUCAAACGAGGUGUUCAACAGUUAACACGCCUUAGACAUCCCCGUCUUCUCACAGUCCAGCACCCAUUGGAGGAGUCAAGAGACUGUUUGGCAUUCUGCACUGAGCCCGUCUUUGCCAGUUUGGCCAAUGUGUUGGGACAGUAUGAUAAUCUGCCAUCUCCUGUACCCACCGAGAUCAAGACCUACAAACUCUACGAUGUAGAGAUCAAGUAUGGGCUCUUACAGCUGUCGGAGGGGUUGUCUUUUCUUCACACUGGUGUGAAGAUGGUGCAUGGUAACCUUUGCCCUGAAAAUAUCAUCAUCAACAAAAGUGGCGCGUGGAAGAUCAUGGGCUUUGACUUCAGCAUAUCUUCCACCAACCCUUCAGAUGCUGAGGUGAAGUAUGUGUGUAAAGAGUGGGACCCCAACCUGCCUUCGCUGUGCCUUCCCAACCCUGAGUAUGUGGCACCAGAGUACAUUCUGUCUGUCAGCUGCGACUCUGCCUCUGACAUGUACUCUUUGGGUAUUGUCAUACACGCCGUCUUCAACGAGGGCAAGCCGCUGUUUCACGUCAGCAAGCAGGACAUCUUCCGCAGCUUCAGCAGACAGCUGGACCAGCUGAGUCGACUCAGUCCAACAGUCUUGAGUAAGAUCCCCAGUGAUGUUUGUGAGCAUGUAAAAAUGCUGCUGAAUGUCACAGCCAACGUUCGGCCUGACGCAGAUCAGAUGACAAAGAUUCCUUUUUUUGAUGAUGUUGGAGCCAUGACGCUACAGUACUUUGAUACACUCUUUCAAAGGGACAAUCUUCAAAAAUCUCAGUUCUAUAAAGGACUUCCUAAAGUGCUACCCAAACUUCCAAAGAGAGUGGUGGUGUAUCGGAUCCUUCCAGCGCUGACAUCGGAAUUUGUUAAUCCAGACAUGGUCCCGUUCAUCCUGCCCAACGUCCUCCUGAUAGCUGAAGAUUGUACAAAAGAAGAGUAUGUUAAGCUCAUUCUGCCAGACCUCACACCUGUUUUCAAACAACAGGAGCCUGUACAGAUCCUUCUAAUAUUCCUGCAGAAGAUGGACCUCUUGUUAACAAAGACUCCAGCGGAGGACAUUAAGAACUCUGUUCUUCCUAUGGUUUACAGAGCUCUGGAGGCCCCUUCCAUUCAGAUACAAGAACUCUGCUUGAACAUCAUUCCCACCUUUGCCAAUCUGAUUGACUAUCCCUCCAUGAAAAAUGCACUCAUUCCACGAGUCAAAACAGCCUGCCUACAGACCUCCUCGCUUGCGGUUCGAGUAAAUUCUUUGGUGUGUUUGGGGAAAAUUCUGGAGUACCUUGACAAGUGGUUUGUCAUCGAUGAGAUUCUACCUUUCCUGCAGCAGAUUCCCUCGAGGGAACCUGCUGUCUUAAUGGGAAUUUUGGGUAUUUACAAAUGUACCUUUACCCACAAGAAGCUGGGGAUUCCAAAAGAGCAUUUGGCUGCCAAGAGCCUUCCUCAUUUGAUAUCUCUGAGCAUCGAUCAGAAUCUCAAUUUGAACCAGUUCAACUCCUUCAUAGCAGUAAUCAGGGACAUGCUCGGAAAGAUGGAGGUUGAACACAAGACCAAACUGGAACAGCUACAUGUUAUGCAGGAACAGCAAAGGAGCCUUACUUACUCGAACCAGGUGAACCAAUCUGGAGAGUCAAACAGCACAUCCAGUAGUACAAAUCAGAUUGAAGAUCUCUUUGGUAGCAAAGAUGUCAACUCUUCCUCAAGUGCAUCACAGCCCUCCAGAGUGUCACUCACACUAGAAGAGAAACAGAGGCUAGCCAAGGAACAGGAACAGGCCUCCAAACUGCGAAACCAACAACCACUUGAACCACAGAGUGUAAAACCAGCUGCGCCCAUCACAAAGACAAAGGACCUUACCAGCAGUUUAUUGAACAACAUGUCACUUGGCCCGCUUGUUUUGAAUUCCAACACAACUACAUCAAUGCAACCAAGUGGUAAGACAUCAACUGUCCUCCCGAUGGCAGGCCCCAAGAGUGGCAUGGGCACAAUGGACCCUGUGGGCAAUGGGCGCACCGCUGCUAUGGGCUUCCCCCCCACCAUGGGCAUGGGCCUAAGCAUGGGUCCGCCCCCACCGGCCAUGUAUGGAGGAGGGAUGGCUUCCACAACUAGCACACCCAAUUUCAGCUCACUCACCCAAAACCACCCACAACAACCCGUUAAACCUCCAGACUUGUCGGCCUUGGAUUCUCUCUUUACAACCAACAAACCUAAAGUGAGCAUGAAUCAAAUGGCGCCGAAAGUAGCUCCAGGGACGAGCCCGACUCCUUGGCUGAACCAAUUUGGAAUGAGCCACCCCCCUCAGACUGCGCCUAUGCAGGGGAUGGUACCAGUGCAGAGUGGUUUUGGCAUGCAGGCUAAUCCCUUUUUCAAUCCCCAUAGUUUUGUUCAGCCAGCUGUUAAUGCCUCGGCCGCACCUAAUUCUGGAAUGCUGAAACAGAGCACCUCUGUCAAUAACGAUCUGAAGGACCUCUUUGGAUGAACUGGAGGGGGGUGGGGGGUGGUGGGGGGCUUGCACAGAGGAGAGUAAAUUCUAGAAGUUUAUCGAUAUAGUUUGCUCUGUAACGGUGUUGGUCCUACAUAAACAUCCAGUUCCUUCAAAAAUAUAUUUUAUUUCAUCCAACAUUUUUGUGAGGGUUUUUUGUUGUCAUUUUCCACAGUACAGCUCAAAGGACAGCAUUUAGACAAACCAUGUAAAUCUCAGUUUUAUGUCCCUUACACAAUUUUAAAGAUCAUGACAAUGGUAUAUGGAAAGGUUACUGUUUCUGCAUAUAUGUGCUGUAUAAAGUUCAUCAUAGGUUUGUUAUGUGAUUUGUUGUAAAACGCCUUUAUUUAAGCUCACCAAUUCGCUUUUCACACAGACACAUUAAAAUGUAAACACUUGUUUUUAAUUAAUGUUGUGAUGCAGUAAUCAGUUGUUAGCACCUUCUGCUCUUCAUUUCCUUUCUUACCAGUAUGUGUUCGAAAAGAUUGUUGGAUGCAUGGCGUCAUGACAACAAUGUUUAAAUAAAUGAUUGAACAUAUGCAGCAGGGUGUGGGUGCAGCUUCUCUGAAGCUUGGCAUAGAUUGUGGUUGGUGUGAACAGUAAUGUAUCAAUGCUAAAGGGGCACUGUGUAACUUUUGAAGUGAGUUUAUCACACCAUAACAGGUCACCCGAUGCUGAAGUCAUGAGUAGGCGAAUGAAGCGUCUCUCGACUUCUUCCGCUGUCUGUGGGCUGGAAACCAUACUUACGAAGCCUGUUGGCUUUAAAUUGCCAAGUCUUGGAACAUGCUGCAUGAAUGUUAACAACAGUCUUGAUUUUCAGGAAGACUGGGGGGAGGGGGGUGGGGGUUCCAGCGGCGUCUGAUGGAGAAAGGUUGGAGAAAUAUUCAAAGUUGCGUAAUGCUUCGGUUAAGUAGUGAGUUUGAAAUUGAGUUUUCAAGUUAUGCUCAUCCACUGUUGCACUUUAUUUUGAGGUGAGGAUCAAAAACACUGUACGCUCAAAUUUUAGUGAAGUCAUUUUAGUGAAGGAAAAUGCGACAGGAUUUAUUUUCAUUAAUUAUCGUGAUGUAUCUGAAUCUUUAAAGAUGAGUUUAUCUCCUGUUCGCCUGGAAUCUAGAGUAUUGGUCCAUGCAACUUAAUUUUUAUUACGUGGUUGAGGUUUUUUCCCCUGAAAUUAAGGUUCCAACUGUUGGUUGUAGUGUUUUUGUUUAAUUUUAUUUUCAGUAGUUGUAAAAUACAACUGCCAGGUUCAACCUAUAUUAAGAUAACCUGCAUACUCAAGAACCUGUCCGUAAAAUGAAUACAUACCUUCUCUGAAAUUCUGUUAAGAAAAUGCUUAAAAAUGUGGAAGCUCAGGUAUUGCAGAUAAGCCUUAAGAGAAUGGGAUUAACCCAGUGUUUUUCAAAACUGCGAAGUUACUAAUUGACCUCGACUCCAGCUUACCGUAGCUGCUAAUGUGGAGCACCUGAAAAACCCUGUAGGUCUCCUCGGUUUGGGGUUGGGGUUUAGGAUGAGCACUGCGACUUAAAGGUGCUCUGUAUAAUAUUUUAGCAGUCAACUUCCGGAAUUCAUGCUGCCCAUUCACACAUGUAACCUUUUUCACAAAUACUUACCACAAUCAAAAUCUAAGUACUGGUAUUCAUUAUAACUCAUUCAUUAUAUUUUCAUAAUUUCACUACAAAUAAUGUAUGUGACAAAUAAAUACACUUGAAUCGGGAAAAGUGCACUUUUCAUACAUGAAAAGGGGGAUCUUCUCAAUGUCCGCCAUUUUGAAUUUCCAGAAAUACAUUUUUAGCUGCAAAACUUAGUGUACUUUGGUCAUACUAGUAGUAAAUAUUAGUUUAUUACUUAUUAAAUAUUAAUGAAAAAAUGAUGCAGCACAGUUUCAAUGAGAACCAUAGUUUCAAUUCCUGCUCUGUCCACAAUUCUACACAGUGCACCUUUAAAGGUAGAGUAUGUAGGAUGGUGGCCAGAGUAGGCAAUGUAAUUAUGCUGCCCAAAUUUUACAUUUGUGUUGAUAUUUGCUGAGUAAUAAACUAAUAUUUACAUGUCUGACCAAAGUACAGUUCGUUUUGCAGCUGAAGUGUCUGUUACUGGAAAUUCAAAAUGGCAGACACAGAGAAGAUCGACCUGCUUAUGUAUGAAAAAUGUCAUUUUCCCAAUCAUAUGAUGAAUACUUAAAAAUUGAUGGUGGUGGAAAAUGCUCAUUAACAAGUCCAACAGGCGGACAAAGAUGCGUCCGUCUAUGCACUGCCGCCCUGUGGACACAGGAGGGAAUAACAAUUGAAAGAAAGCGUUUUAGACGGACGGACGGACAGACAUACCCUCUUAUCUAAAAAGAAAAAAGAUAACAUUGGUGAAUGGGCAGCAUUCUAGUUCUAGCAGAGUUCUUGAAGUAAACUACUUAAAUAUUACGUACUCUACCUGACACAUGUCUCUUAAUCCAUACUAAAAUCAACACCAAAAUCCACUUAACAUUAUUAUUUGGGCCGAUGUGUAGUCAAGGACAAUAUUUUCCAGGUGUGAAAAAGUUUUAAUCUAAUUUAGACAGUAAUCUCAUCACAGUGGUACUGUCAGUAGCUUAAUUUACACACAAAAUAUGUUUUAUUUCAUUUUAUUUACUCUUUUUAUACAGUGAACGUGAAGUACAGUUCAACUUUUAAAAUGUGUGAUGCUAAAUUUUCAUCCUUCAUGAAAUUUAUUUUCAUCAUUAAAAUCAUUCCUAUA